CUCCGCCCUCCCUCCACCUCCAUCUCCACCUCAACCAGCGCCGAGACCGCACCACAGGAGACGAGAGGACAUCCAUCCGCGUCUGUGAUCGCCACCGAGCAACGCCGUUACCAGCCAGACCUCUCAGACCAGGGCGCCGGCGUCUCAGACCGAUCAGUCCCGGAGCCGCGUCCCGCUCGCCCCCCUCCUCCCUCAGCAGCUCAGCGCCGCGCCGCUCCGUUCCGCGCCGGGCCGGUCCGCUCGCUUCCCCGUGGAGAACAGUUUAUCCCCUGGAAGCUGGAUGAAUUAUUGGAGAGUUGUGAACAAGUACGAGAAGAAAGCUGAGGCUCGGGAUCUGCCUCCUCGCUCCGUCCAGGGAAGACGAGACUCAGCCAGAGUUGUGGACGAUAAUGGAGGGGACGUUCCUGUGUCUUCCUUUUGUUAUUUUACUGAUGCAGUGUUCCCCCUCCGUUCCUGUCACCGUUACGACCAACAGGCACAAGGUGGAGGUGCGCGAGUUCUCAGAAGCGGUGCUGUCCUGCAUGUUCCACACAGAGAAAGACCAGAACCCUCGCAUCGAGUGGAAGAAGAAGGGGAAAGAUGUCUCCUUCGUCUACUUUGAUGGACACUUCAGGGGUCCCUUUGAGGGCCGGGCGACCAUUGAAGGGGCCACAGUGACGCUGCAAAGGGUGACCCAGGAGGACGCUGGGGAGUACCGCUGUGAGAUCAGCGCUCCUUUUGACUCCGUCAGCCUGGGCGAGACCAACGUCACCCUCAAAGUCCUGGUGCCCCCACACACCCCGUCCUGUGAAAUCCCCAGUGGCGCAGUGACAGGCUCCGUGGUGCAGCUGCGCUGUAGGGACCAGCAGAGCAUCCCGCCCGCCACAUACUCCUGGUUCAAGGACAACCAGCCGAUCCGCCCUCCCCGCCAUCCCAACGCCACCUAUCUAAUCAACUCACACACAGGAAUACUGGAGUUCAAAGCUGUGGCCAAAGAGGACACCGGCCGAUACAGCUGCCUGGCUUCCAACGGAGUGGGGCCGCCCAAGAAGUGCGAGGGCAAGCACAUGACGAUAGAGGACGUCAACGUCGCGGCCGUGGUGGCGGCCGUGGUGGUGGUCUGCCUGGUCAUCGUGGUCUGCGGAUGCGGAGGAUUCCUCUUACACCGCAACGGUUUCUUCAGCCCAGGACACAGAGGAAGGUCAUUUUGGAUCUCCCAGUGUCAUGGUGCAGCCCACAUCAGCAGCCAAACCCUGCACAGAUCUGAGGACACGUCCAAUGUCAACUACAUCCCUCCGCCCCAAGAACCACAGGAUUUUAAACACACCCAGUCAUUCAUGCUCUGAGAAGCUGGCCUUCCUCUGAGAAUACAUCACCCUCCUGAUAAGGUGCCAACACUGGAUUCUCUGACUUCUUUCCUCUCUGGACUCUGAGUGAGCUGUUGAUCUUCCAAUACGUGCUAAUUUCAAUCCCCCCCCCCCCGCCACUCCCUUUGGAUGGCGUAUGACAAGCAAAUUUGCAAGGCUUCCUCUUACUCUCUUGCUUUGCCGUGUGGGUCGCCUCUGUCAUUGAUGCUUUCUGCUCUUAUGGGAUUCAGUCCAGUUGCGUGGCUCUCUGCUCCCCCCUGGUGGUCAGAUGUUGAAAUUCCAAUUGAUCUUUUCUGAAUGAUCCAGGGACGAGCAGAGCUUUCCCCAGACAUGUUCUCCCCUCUGCCUCUGCAGGCCAAUCUCUUUAACUACCUUUGUUUUCCUUUACCAAAGACUGACCGUUUAAUUUGAGAUUUAUUUGCUUUCAACGGUUGAAUCAUCACAAGGGAGUUCUCCUUAAAGCCAUAUGGAAAGCAUUGUUUUCAAACUACACGAACAUAAAUGCAGUUUACCUCAACAUCUGCCACACGCCAGUGUUUUGUCUGCUGUAAAACUUGGGCCCCCAGCUUCCCAAGGGCCACACAAGAUCCUCAUUAUCUCAGUAACAACAUGGAACCAGACCAAGACAACAGGAAGCCACUCCAGCCAAUUAUUCUGAGACCAACCCCAUUCCAUCCUCAUGUGCCUGCAUGGUCUUUUUUAUAUAUAUAAAUAUAAAUAUAUAUACCUUGUGCCUUUUUAAUUUGUCUGUCAUAUUUAUCUAUGGAUCACAGUUUUUGUAAAGAACUUGCCUUACUUUUUUGUCUUUCUAUUUUUGUGCCACUGUUUUUGUCAACGUUUAUCAGAGUGUCUGUUUUUGGACAGUGUGUGAAUGGAUUGUUUUUAUUUGAAUAGUGUAUCUGUAAUAAAGGUUUUUCUAUUCAAAACCA